AGUGGGGUUUUUUUGCAUCUAGAAAAUAGUCUGAUUCUAUUCACAUCUAUUUAACAAAAAGCUCAACAUAACAUCCUUCCCAGACAGGUUUAUCUGGUUGAUCAGAGUCACGUGCAGCUACGAUUAAAAAUACACCGAAUGUACCACUAGGAAUUUCAGACUAGUCUGUCGUUAUCCCACAAUGCACCUGGGCUGCAGAAGGCGCCUUCCAUGCUGCUGCAGAGGGCAGGGGUCUUCAUGUAGCUUUAGCAAAACAAACUCGAUAAUCUAAAGAGUUUAACUGUGACUGACCCUCUGAUAUCCACACACCGGGUCAGAGUGUUGGAGUGUGUGUGAGAGAGAGAGACAGACAGAGUGAGAGUGUGUGGGACUGAAACUUAUUUGCAGGAUGGCUCCAUUCGGAUUGAUGACAGUUGGCGCUAAUUUUUUGGCCAGAUCUUGGGGUGUGUUUUCGAGUGCAGUUACUGUAAGGUGCUCUUGUUUCGCUCCAACAUUAAAAUCCUUCAGCACCUCGACUGGUGGUCCCCCAAAAAGGCCCCUGACCGCGUACCUGCGAUAUGUGAAAGAGCAGCAGCCCAUCGUGGUCAGACAGAACCCAGACAUCAAAGCUGUGGACAUUGUCCGAAAGAUUGCACAGCAGUGGAGGACCCUUACACCAGAGGACAAACAGCCUUUUGAAGAAGCGUCCAUAGCAGCCAGGGAGCAGUACAGAAUCGACAUGAAGGCAUACCAGGAUCAGCUGACCCCUGCGCAGUCUGCAGCUAUCGCCGAGGAGAAAAGACAGAAGAAGGCGAAAAGACGAGCAAUCAGGAAGAAGAGGGAACUGAACAGUCUCGGCAAGCCCAAACGCCCCAGGACGGCCUUCAACGUUUUCAUGGCAGAGCACUUUGAAGAAGCGAAAGGAAGCACCAUGCCGGGCAAAAUGAAGUCUCUGUUUGAAGACUGGAAGAGUUUAUCCAUCUCACAGAAACAAAUAUACACGCAGCUAGCAGAGGAUGACAAAGUUCGUUAUAAAAAUGAGAUGAAGGCGUGGGAGGAGCACAUGACUGAACUCGGGAGGGAGGAUCUGGUCCGACGGAAGGAGUCACGACGGAAGAAGGCGGCGACUAAAAAAGGCAAAAAGAAAUCUAGAGUGAAAGUGUUAAAGGCCAAAGCACCGGUCAAGAAAACAGCAGGGAAAAAGACUGCGUCUGCCGAACCAAAAAAACCGAGUAGCACUAAGAAGUGAGCGGUACGUGUUGAGAAGGCACGCUCCGUCCUUAAUAAAAAAAAACGUUUUGGAAAGAUGUACGCUUCCCUGAUUGGUGCUGCUUGUUCAUGAGUAUUUUGUACUGUGAGAAUAGAAAAAAAGGCCAGUUUUGUGGUGGAGUCUUUGCUUAAACAGCCGUCACACAUCGGGUGUAGUCCAGCCUGAGUCCGUAUGACUACUGCGCUUUCUUCUGUUUAUUACCUUCCUAACUGAAAUAAUCACAUUCAUUUUUUGUUUUGUAGAACGAAUAUCUUCUGUAUCAUGCGCAAAAAAAAAUCUCAGUAGCCAUGUUUUGCAUCAUAUCAUUUUUCUUAAAUAAAUACCAACAUUUUCUACUAAACAAGCACCAACAGUAUUACACAUUACAACAGGAAUUGAUGACCACAAAGUGGGAAUGUCAUUGGAAUUUGGAGUGGAUCUGUGUGAUGUCAAAA